AUGGCACACAAUAUAUGCGACAAAAAGUUACGUCAAUAUCCCCUGAAAUAUCCGUUACCAAAGUUUAUAACACAAUUGCCAUUCAAACGAAAUCCAUUGGACCUAACUAUCGAUGCCGAGACACUGGCCGAAUGGUCAUACAGACAGUUCCCGACCAGUCAGAUAUCGGCCAAAAACUAUCACAAUGUAGUAAUGGUUGCGACAAUAUUGAUGGCCUUCUACUAUCCGACCCUAACAUCUGAGGAAAGUUACUAUCAUUUGUUGCAGGACUUGAUCUUUAUAUUUAUUAUGGACGACAAUACGGAAGAGUCGUGGGGUCAACAUAACGGCCAACAUAUGGACAAAUGCCGUGAGGUUUGGACACAACAGAUCAGUAUGUUUGCAGUGGCCAAUGGCGACCAAUCAAACCCCAACACAUUGCCAGUCGAUCAGAUGGAGCCGUUUAUUCGGGCUAUUAUACCGACAUUUGAGGCAUAUUCUCGGCAAAUGAGUGCCGAACAGUGGAAACGAUUUGUCGGCGCGAGACUAGAGUUUGCCGCCGCAAACAUUGAGGAAACGGAACUUCUUCGCAAAAACGGCGGUCGGUUUACUUCAUUAGAGGAAAAACUAAAGAUUCGCCGCAGAACAGUUGGCUUAAAACCGACACUAUUGUCUGUUACUUAUGGCCUCGAUAUAGACCUACCGGAGCGCGAAUGGUCUGAUCCACGUAUGAAACAGUUGGUCUCAUUAGUUGUCGAUUACUGUAUUUAUGCAAACGAUAUAUUUUCGUUUGAAAAAGAGUUAAUAACUGGUAUUAAAACCAUAUUGAAGACAACGACAUCUAUUACGACUACUACUACCACUAAUGGCAAUAGUGGUCACACCAACGGCAUCAACGGCGACACCAACGGAACCGAUAUCGGCACCGGUCAUACCAUACAAUCAUUGACCAAUAAUGAUAAGCAUACAGAAUUGGAGGCAUUGAAACAGUUGUCAAACAUUGUGGCUAUGAUUGCCAUUGAACGCAAAUGUUCGAUACCUAUGGCUCAGAUGAUUGUCGGCAAACAUAUCGAACAUUUGGACAAACAAAUCAUACAACUGGUCUACGACUGGUCAGCCGGACGUCAUGCCUAUGACGGCGGCACUGAUAAUGAUGACGAUGAUGGAGACGGCAGUGAUGGUGAUGAUGGUUGUGGUGGUGAUGGCCAACGGUUAUCAGCGCUAAGUCUCGGUGGCAUUGAAUUUGUUCGGGCAUUACUCUAUAUGCCCGGCGGUAUCUUUCGUUCAAGCGGUGUCUGUGACCGGUAUAUGAUUAUUUGAAAAGGAGUGGGAAAUGGGGGGAGGGGGUAGAGAGAUAUCAAGCAAAACCGAUUUCAUAAUAAUAAUUAUUAUUAUUUAUCAAAAAAAUGAUUAUU